CAACCAAUAUUGGGAGAGUGAGUGAGUGAGUUAGUGAGUGAAGUCUUCACACUCUGUAUAGUAGAGGCUACAAAACCUCCACAGAGAAGAACUUUUCUUCUUCAUCAACAAUGGUUCAAACCUACAUUUUGCUCUUCUUCUCCGUUUUGCCCUCGUUUUUACCUCAUGGAACAGCAGCACUCAACCUCACUCUCCCAGGCCAACAUCCAGACCCGGAAGCUGUUGCAACAGAAGUUCAUAGGAGGGUGAAUGUUUCCAUGGGAAGAAGGGAAAUGCUGAGGUUGUCUGAGAAAGAUGAAGCACCAUGUCUCACAGGGAACCCCAUUGAUGAUUGUUGGAAGUGUGACUCAGAUUGGGCCAGCAACAGACAGAGGCUAGCUGAUUGUGCAAUUGGGUUUGGGCAGAACGCAAAGGGUGGAAAAGGUGGACAAUUUUACAUAGUCACUGAUUCAUCUGAUGAGGAUCCUGUGAACCCAAAACCAGGAACACUUAGACAUGCAGUGAUACAGAAUGAACCACUGUGGAUCGUGUUCCCCAGUAACAUGAUGAUUAAGCUCUCUCAGGAACUCAUUUUCAACAGCUUCAAAACCAUUGAUGGGCGUGGCGCUGAUGUGCACAUCGUGGGUGGAGGCUGCAUCACUCUUCAGUAUAUUAACAAUGUCAUUAUUCACAACAUUCACAUCCACCAUUGCCAUCCCUCUGGUAAUGCUGACGUGCGGUCGAGUCCAGAGCACUACGGGUACCGAACAGAAUCAGACGGCGAUGGAAUCUCGAUCUUCUCGUCGCGCGACAUCUGGAUCGAUCACUGCACGCUAUCGCGGUGCAAGGACGGCCUGAUCGACGCGGUGAUGGGUUCGACGGCAAUAACGAUCUCGAACAACCACUUUUCGCACCACAACGACGUGAUGCUCUUAGGCCACAACGACGACUACCUGCCAGACUCGGCGAUGCAGGUGACGAUCGCGUUCAACCACUUCGGGGAGAAUCUGGUGCAGCGCAUGCCGCGUUGCAGACUAGGUUACUUUCACGUGGUGAACAACGACUUCACGCGAUGGGAGAUGUACGCGAUCGGAGGAAGUGCGAGGCCUACGAUUAACAGCCAGGGAAACCGCUACACUGCGCCGGAAGAUCCGGACGCGAAGCAGAUUACGAAGAGGCUGGACGCCGGAGAAGGUGAGUGGAGCGGCUGGAAUUGGAGGUCGGAAGGGGAUGUGAUGCUGAACGGCGCCUUUUUCGUGGCUUCAGGAGGUGAGGCCGGAACUGCCUACCAAAAUGCGUACAGCGUUCAGCCUAAGAACGUGGAACGCAUCUCGCUCCUCACAAAUUCCGCUGGUGUUCUCGGCAUUGCCAGGGACAAUAAUGUGGGAAAGUGGACGGAUGAUAAGUCCCAGAGUACAAUGGCGGUGACACCUUCACGUACUUUCACUCUUCUCUCUGCAUUUCUUGCUUUCUUCUUCUGCCUCUUAUUUCAUACAAUUACCUUAACAAAACUUCUAUAGCAAAUGAGUUGUAACCAAUCAAUCGAAUACGAUGAUGUUUCUUGUCACUGUUGGAAUGAAAUCAAACCAGACACCCAUUAAUUGAGUUUAGACUAAA